AUUUUUGAUCGUUAUCGUCACGGUCACGCUGAUAAGAUGUAAAUUCCAUGAAACACAACGAGAACAGUUGAACAAUUUGUAAAAUUAACACAAAAAAACAACUUGGAAACGACAUAUAAAAGGAAGCACAAGCAACUGGUAAAAGCGUUUGGAUCUAUGCAAACAUAAGCAGACUUCAGAGAGAGAGAGAGCCCUGGCGGCCUUAUUUUCCUACGACGACAUCUUCGGACAAAGAACGCAGUGCAGCCGUGACAUACGCACAUACAAAACGAAAGGCCCACUAAAACUAACAACAACUGAGGGACUGCUCGAGGGCUCCAGCUACACGUCGCAUCGUCAUUUAUGCGCUAGAGAAGCCUCAAGUCGAGCACUUGUGUUGCGAUUCUCGCAUUUGCUGCAUAAUUACUUUGCCGCACCAGGAACAAAGGCGAAAAUAGAGCAAGAGGAAGGGGAAGCUGCAUCAGAAGCAUGACGAUCAAGCCAGUAAGCGCUCCCAGCGCGAAGCGCGUGGCUGGCAACGUCGUGGACGCGGACAACAAGGAGGCGCAUGCAACCGGACAGGUCGUGGUCGAGCAGUCAGUGGUUAAUCAAACGCACCGCAAUGUCGUCAUCGAUGGCCACGGCCAGAGUCCUCAGAGGCGCGGCGAGGUCUACGACGAGCUGGCACGCACUCACCGCUGCAGCCCCCACAAGAGCAGCACGCGCUCGAAGCGUCGCGACCACCACGACAGUCAUGCGCAUCAUCACAAGCGCGACCGCUUGGAGCGUGAGAAACUCAUCCAUCCGGCCGUGGUGCCGGGCAGCGUGCCUGGAGUGGCUGGCAGCAAAUGCACCAGUCCUCCCCUGGCCACAGCGUCUGGCAGCAGCAGCAGCCCAUCUGCGGUGGGUCGCAAGUCCCCUGAACAUCUGGGCUUGGGAUGUGCCAAUGUACCAACGACACUGGGACAGAUACCGCCAACCACUGCGGUGGCCAAUCUAACCAAGAUUGCGGAGGAUACAUUUUCCGGUUACAACAGCGGCGACGAGCAUCUGCAGCCAAAGGAGCGCAAGAUACCGGCGGAGGAGUGGCAGCGUCGCGAUGUGGAGUUCGCCAAGUGCAUGGAAGAGAACGGCUAUGAACUGAAGCCCGUCGAGGAGGACGGAGCCUGCCUCUUUCGGUCCAUCUCGCUUCAAAUCUACGGCGAUGAGGGAAUGCACGAUGUGAUUCGCCAGCAUACCAUGGAUUAUAUUCACGAGAACCGUGAGUACUUUGGGCAGUUUGUCACUGAGGACAUCAGCAGCUACAUCCAGCGAAAGCGGGCUCGCGAUGCUCACGGCAAUCACAUUGAAAUUCAGGCCAUAUCGGAGAUCUAUAGUCGCACAGUCGAGGUCUACUGCUAUCAGGCUACCCCAAUCAAUAUCUUCAACUCUGAGCAAUCGCAGGCUGGCUACCCCCCGCUCCGCCUAUCGUAUCAGCGUGGCUCUCACUACAAUGCCAUUUUGGAUCCCUACAACGCCACCGUCGGCGUUGGCCUGGGCUUGGCUGGCUACAAGCCUCAGGUUCAAACCAAAGAGGCUUUGCGUCUCAGCGAGCAGCUGGAGAUCGAGCAGACGAUGUUCGAGGACAAGCUGAAGACCACAGAUUGGGAGGCCACCAAUGAGGCCAUCGAGGAGCAGAUUGCACGCGAGUCCUACCUGCAGUGGUGCCGCGACAACAUGCAACGCUCGCGCAGUAGCAAUACAGCCGGCGGCUCGGCCACAUCCUCGACAGUUACCUCGGCUGAAGCUCUCACCGACUCGGACGCCUCGCCCUCCAAGUACUCGUGUGGUGGCACCAGCAGCAGCGGCGGUAUCGCGGCUGCAACUCUGGCCAGCGUUAGCAGUGUUGCUGGCCCAUCCACAAUGUUUUCGAUGUCACCCAAAACGCUCACACAGUUCGGACACAAGCUUCCGCCAGAAGUCGGCGAUCUGGGCGGCUACGAAAGCGACGCCACAGACAUGAGCAGCACCAGCUCGGUGGGGCACUGCGGUGGCAACGCCUCCCCCAGCACUGCAGCCGCCCAGCGGUCAAGCAAAGCCUCCAAGUCACAGCGCCGCACUACGCUGCGCAAGAAGCGCCGCCACGAAACUCGUGAGGGAUCGUUGGCUGGCAAAAGUACCGAGGCUAUUGAGGCUCCGCUACGCAAAAGUCCCAAGCGUGAUGCUGUCCCUUCUGCAGCUCGUGCCAUCACCCCAGAGGCUGAUCAGCAGCCCUGUACAUCAAAGCAAUCGUCGCACUCGCCGCAGAAGCGGGGGGAUGCUCCGUCGUCGAAUAUUUAUCAGGAAUUACUCGAGGCUUCGCUUGCCAAUGAUGCUGUGGCAGGGCGCAACGAGCGCGAGAUGCUUCAGCGGGCCAUUCAAAUGUCGACAAGCGACUACAUGGAAGACCAGAAGCGGAAGUAUCUCUGCGGGCCAUAGGAGAUGGUAGCCGCAACGCGUCGUUCUUUGUACAGUGAUUUAAGAGUUCUUUUCGCAACGAAAACGAAACACAAAAACCUACCAAAAACCAAACGCAGUAAAUAUCUACAAUUCUGAAACAUUGAUGAAUAGGCGGCCACCCAUGAAUUUAUCGUAGAGGAAAUCGGGGCAUGCCCCAAUUUUCAACGCAUACACUAUACUACAUGAUAUAUGUAUCUGUAUAUUAAGCAUAUAUUUUGUUAUGAAGUAAAUCCACAAACAAAACCAUUCAUCAUCGAAUCUGCAGAUGGAUUUGUACAGAUGCACAAAUUUUGAUAAGCUUCGAGACCCCUCUACCCUGUCCGAUUUUCUGUCACGAAUGUGUGCUCCAUUUCCCU